AUGACGCCAUAUGCAGAUGAGGGUGCUCAGCCAUGGAGUACGCAACACACCUUCGCGCCACCAAGGCUGCCUGCACCCCGCAGUGGUCCUAACGAUGCCGCCCGCUAUUCCCACCACGAGGCAGCGCCACUCUGCAAUCUGCAUGCAGACACCUACGACUCGUCAAGAGCGAGGGACGUCCGAUCCGAUGUUCGUGGCCGUCAGCACUCUUUCGCGUCCGAUGCCGAUCGGGUUGCAGCCGAGCCUGUCUCUCUCACACGUCCGCCUCACUACACGGACGAACCGACGAGCCAGUAUGCAGCACCGUCCCCGUCGCUGGCUGCGUAUGCGCGCACACCCGAGAUUGCCCCCCGACGUAUGCGCGCUGAGAUCUUCGAGCAUGACGAGGGCGCCAUCGAAGCUCGGUCUCGCUCCUUCCGUCAGGAUCCUUCUCAGCUCGGUUCGAGCCCGCACACGCACCACAGGAGCAUCUCAAGCUCGGAUUCUCGAUCACAAGACGCUCCUUAUUCAUCAUCGCUGUCCGUCUUCCAGGAGUCGCGCACCGACCGUUUCCAGAGCCAUUACGCUCAUGCUCCGCCUCAACACCAGGAUGAACGCAUGCACAGCCGGCGUCCAAGCCUGCACGCUCAUGUCGCCGAGCACGUAGACGCUGGGCAGCAUCGCGCCGGGGCCGAACCCUUCGAUAAUGCCUGGACCGCACCGCGACAUCAUCCGUCAUCGAAGCGACCUCUUCCUCAGGAUCAUCCUCAUCCAGCCGACGCCGUCUCACAGCCCCCUGCGGUCCUUUCUCGGCCCUCUGGUCCGUCCGGUCCUGUUCCGCACUAUCCUUACGAGCCGUCCCUCGCAAGCCAGGCGAGGCCAACUGCUUCGGCUGCCAGCCACCUUCACGACCGUCAUCUGCAAGCGCGAGAUGCUCCCGUCCGGCUGGCACCGGCUCGUAAUGCCUCUGUCUCCGAUGGAUCUGGCUCGUCGCAUCCUCCCGCUUCCGUCGGUGCUGGACAGGCCGACGCCACGAUGGCGUCUCAUCAGCAUUCGCUGCAGCCAAAUCGCAAACGUCUGCGAAUCUCUCGCGCUUGCGACGAAUGUCGUCGUCGAAAGACGCGGUGUGACAUCGUCGGUGCCUUCCCCGGCGAGCCAGGCCACCCGCUCACUCUUUCUGGCGCAGUGCCACCUCUGGAGCCCAAUAUGGAGCCCAAGGGCGAGAUGCUGAUCCUUCAGCCCUGCAUGAACUGUCGUCGCAGCGGAAUCACCUGCACCUACUCCAAGCGCCCUCUCAAGCGCGGUCCCAGUAAAGGAUACAUCAAGGAUCUCGAGAGGCGUCUCAAUUCGCUCGAAUCUCAGAUUGUAUCUGGCGAUCGAAUCGAAGGAGACGCAGAUGGGUCACCGCAGGACACCCCGUCCGGCCCUGUCAUUUCGGGCACUCCGCAGGCGGUCAAGCCGAAAGCUCGCACAGAGGACCGCAUCAGCCGCCUCGAGACCGUACUUGCGCGACCGUCGACUGCUAAGAGCGAAGAAGGCAGAUUGCCUUCGACCGAUUCCAGCCGCAGGAGCAGCCAGGCAGAACAACACCAGAUCAAGACAGAAACGCCGAGCCACGUGGAUAUGGAGGUGGAACCCGUUGACACGGUCCAGGUAGCCGACUCCAAGGCAGCCGGCAGCGAGACGGAAGCUUCAACCUCAGGCGCAGUUUCCUCGGAUACUGGAGCAACCAGUAUGGCCGAGACUGUCGCAUCGGUCUUGUCAUCGAAAGCGACUGUCUCGCCUGCUGCCUCUCAUCUCGAGCCGGUGCAGAGCCAGACCAAGGGCAAAGGCAAGGCCAACGGUCAAGGUAAGCGAAGGUCCGCCGCAAGCUCGCCGUCGGGGGCCCAAGACGCCGAUAUCGCCGAAGUGAAGCGCAAGGUGGUCACCUCGUUCCUGCAUGCCACCUUCCCCAUUGUUCCAGCCUGCCGCCAGGGUGAGAGCAGCAGGAAUGGCAGUAGUAGCAGCAACAUCGCUCGCCUCGAGGACCGCGUCUUGGUGAGAGGCAUGAGAUUGCUCAACGAGCCUGUCGAGAUGGCCACCGCGCACCAAAACGUGCAAGCUCCUAAGACCCAGACGCACGCUGCUAGGGUGGCCAGUCUCAUCGGGCAAGCCUCGGCUGGUCUCGGUGGUCCUCGUGAGGAGCUCAUCAAGCAGACAGGGGCCGGCGCAGACACCUUGCGAGCUCUUCGCAAGGUGGCACACCGGCUUUCCGGUCAGGAAGCGGAUCUGCUGAUGCUGUGCCACCUGGACCACCUUCGCAACGGUCGCAACAACAACUCUGCGCUUGCUGCCGCUGUCUCGAAGCUAGGCUCCGGUUCGCACAUCCAGAACGAUCGCGAGACGUACAGGAGGAGGACGCUGCUGUUCAUGCUCGAUCGAUGGCACGCAGUGUCCUUUGGAACGCCCCAUCUGCUGGCGGGCCGCUUCGGCGUGGAACGUCAGAGCUUCCGCUCGAUGAAGGAGGCGCUCGGGGAUGUGUCGCAGCUCGCUCUGGGUGAUGGAGUGUACGAGGUGCUGCGCGGCGCCAUCAUGCUAGGUCAGCUCAACGAUCUCGUGCAGAACAAUGGAGGUUGGAAGGGCAUCAGCAAGAGCGACGUCGAUGCAGUCAUCCACAGCGCUAUGGACGACGACGAGAGGCCCACGACCUUUGAUCCGUCGGUCAGCAAUGGAGCGUCUUCGAGCAGCGCCGCGCCGCAACGGGAUGAGGAUGGCACUUCUUCCAAGCUGUUGAGCACCGCAGCAUUGCGCUACAGCCUCGAGAACCUGGUGCGAUGCUACCAUGCGCUGCACACGCUGCCCAACGCCAAGGAUGCUACGCUCGACGAUCUCCACCGCAUGUUCAACCUGGCCGAGUCCGUGGUGGUGCUCGGCACGGCGAAGACGCCCAUCUCGUUGCAGGGCAAGCUGGUUCAGUCGGCGAUUGGACCCUCGGUGCUUGCUGUUGCCGGUGUGGGCUUUUCGUGGUGUCUGCGAAUCAUCUGCAUGAUGGUAGCAAACUCUCUGUCCACCUCUUCUUCCCCGCAUCCGGCCCCUCUCCCCGACUCCGCGUCCUCGGCGAAGGACAGCACCACCGUCUCGAUCUCUCCCACCUCCUUCCCACUGGAAUUCUACCGUCGCAAGAUCCUCGACUACGUCCGCAUGUGCGGUCCCUUCUGCCUCUUCUCCGGCGGUCCACCCACGUGCACGGCGAGCUUCGCACCCGUCUACCUGCGUCUCGCGCUGCACUUUAAUUCGACCGUCUCGUUCGCUUCGCAGCUGGGAUCGCUCGUCUCGCCACAGUCUAGGACGACGAGCCCUGUGCAUCAGGAUGCUACCGCGUUGGGCAAUGAUGCGGAUAACGUGCUGGAUAUGGCCAGGGAGAUGGGCUUCUUGGGGUAUGUGCUGGCGGGCACGACGCAGGAUGAGGCUUGGAAGUUGCUCACUGGCGGUGUCUCGGCGUAG